GUUUAAAUGAUGCGGUUCUGUUUGCGAUUCUUAAAAUAGAGGCUGUUGUUUUAUAGCCUUUAUGAAGACUGUGUCUUUCGUAUUGAAACAAAUGAUUAUCUUCUACCUGAACCUGAUCGUGCUUUGUGUUUCAUAAUGUUCAUAAAGUCGUUAGUUAUUGAUGGUUUCAAAUCGUAUCAUCAGAGAACGGAAAUCAAUGGAUUUGACCCUCGGUUUAAUGCAAUUACUGGUUUGAAUGGUUCUGGGAAGUCGAAUAUUCUCGAUGCUAUAUGCUUCUUACUCGGAAUUACAAAUCUUUCUCAUGUGAGAGCUGCAAACCUAAACGAAUUAGUAUACAAAUGUGGUCAAGCAGGAAUCAGGAAGGCAACUGUUACCGCCGUGUUUGAUAACAGUGAUAAGUCGCAAUCCCCAUGUGGCUAUGAACAGUUUGAUGAGCUUACAAUCACAAGACAAAUUAUUGUUGGUGGAAGAAGUAAAUGCCUUAUUAAUGGAACAAAUGCUACGGCGACACGAGUGCACGAUUUAUUUCAUUCUGUUCAGCUGAAUGUAAAUAACCCACAUUUUUUAAUAAUGCAGGGUAGAAUCACCAAGAUUCUGAAUAUGAAACCACCUGAGAUCCUGUCACUAUUAGAGGAGGCUGCAAGUACUAAACUAUAUGAAAACAAGAAGUUAGCAGCUCUUCAAACUAUAGAAAGAAAAGACGUUAAACUGAGAGAAAUAGAUAGGAUUCUAGCCGAAGACAUUAAUCCCACUAUUCAAAAACUACGUGAAGAACGAAGCAGCUAUCUAGAAUAUCAGAACGCUGUACGUGAAAUUGAUCAUCUAGAAAAGUUUCUCAUCGCUUAUGAAUAUACUUGCUUAGAGGAGUUAAAACAACGAUCAAAAACUGACUUGGUUACACUUGAAAAUUCGAUUGAUGAACAUAAAGCUCGUAUGGAAGAGUUGAAGAAAUCGAAGGAGGUUGUAGAAAACCGAAUAUCUGAACUCUGUAGUCUCAGAGAUGAAUAUCAAGGUGGAGCACUUGAAGAACUAGAUUCUUCCAUGAAUAGGUGCCAGAAAACAGAGGCAGUUGCAAAAGGAGCUUGUCAAAGAGCAUCAGAUUGUUUGCGGGCGGCUAGGAAGCUCGUAAAAUCUUUGGAAUGUCAGUGUUCUGAGCUUGAUGAACAGUUGUCUGCUAAACAUAAGGCUGCUGAGGCCGCUGCUGGUGUCGAGUACCAGGCUGUUUUAGCCCAGUCUGAAGAAGCAAAGGCCAAACUUGAAGCAGCACAGAAGCGUUUGCAGGCAGUGAAAUCUGGUUUGUCCAGUGAAGAAAAUGGCGUAGCUGCUAGCCUUGCAGAACAGGCUAGAGCUGCUUAUGGGGAGCAGAGUUCUGCAGAGACUGAAGUGGUACAAUUACAAAUGCGUCGGAAACAUUUACAAAAUGAACUCGCUAAGCAAGAAGCUGCUGUAAUUAAAGCUUUUGGACACGUUUCAAUUAGUGGAGAAUCAAAAGAGGAAGUUAGGCAUAAAGAACUCAUUGCACAAGUCGAAGAACUCACUCGACUAUUGGCACGCGCUGAAGCAGAUGAUAAGGCUUUUGGUAGUGAGCAUGAGCUAACUGAACGACAAAUUAUCUUAGAUAAGAAAGCAAAGGACUUACGGCAUGUAGCUUCCACAAUGGCAACUGAGAUCUCGCAACUUUUAUUCGAGCCCACAGAUCCAGAGCCUAAUUUCGAUAAGCGUCGUGUUCACGGACCUGUAGCAAAAUUGUUUCGUGUUAAAGAAUUCAAACAUAUUAUUGCUUUGGAAAUAAUCGCUGGAAAUAAGUUACAAAACAUUGUAGUAGAUACAGAGCAUACGGGUAAAAGUUUAUUAGCACGUGGUCAACUUCGUCAACGCAUCACUAUUCUGCCCCUGAAUAAAAUACACGGAAACCCUGUGCCGGAUGCAACUGUUCAAAGAGCUCAAUUGUUAGUUGGUGCAGAUAAUGUGGUCACCGCCUUAUCACUGAUUGAGUUCGAUGAUAUAUUUAAGCCGGUUAUGGAGUAUGUGUUUGGCGGUGCCUUGAUAUGUCCGAAUAUGGCGAUAGCUAAACGUGUUGCAUUUCAUCCUGGUAUUGAAAAGAAGACGGUAACACUGGAAGGUGAUGUAUUUGAUCCCCAAGGUACACUGUGUGGUGGGAGUCGAGCGUCUUUUUCAGACGGUCUGUUAUCUCGCAUAUUUAAAUGGCAUAAUGCAGAGGUUGGUGCUCAAGAAGCUGAACUAGAGGUUGCUCAAGGUGAAGCGAAUGUCAAAGUUGCUGAAGCGCGAUCAGAAAAGAUUUCUCAAAUGCACCAAUCAUUAGAAAGCUAUCGUAAUCAGCUAAGUCAACUAGAGAACCAAAUGAAACAGGGAGAUAGACCUCGGUUACUAGCAGACGUAGCAGCUACCAAAGAAGAGCUAAAACAAGUGGAAAAAUUACUAUCCAAGGCUGAAGAAAGUCUUUCACAGAUACGUGCAAGAGCUACAUUAGCUCAUGAAAAAGUAGCAAAUGCAGACAAUUCACAUGGAGAAGAAGAAAAAGAUGCUGAGAAAGCAUUUGCUGAAGCUAGGAACCAGGUAGAAGCUACUAUAGCUGCUUUAAGAGAGAAAGAUUCACUAAAAGAAACCUUACGUUUGGAGGCUGAAGAAGUCGCUAAAGAGCUGAAUGGUAUAAAGGUUUCUCUUGAAGAAGCCAAAGAAGCUGUGAAGACAGCAGAAUUGAAAGAAGAGUUUUGUAUUGAAGCUGAACGUUCUGCCAAGGAGGAAUUAGCUAAAGCAUGUGAAGCUGUUAAACAGCACCGUGAAUUAAUCCAUAAAACACUUGGUGCACUGAAAUCUGCUGAAACUGAGGCUAGUCAAUUGGUUGACGCACUUAAUCAAACCAACAGUUUGAUAGAUAAGCUGUCGCAUCAAAUUGAGAUUCAAAUGAAAGAAGGUGAUCAGGCAGAUGGUAGGAUGGAACAACUGUUAGAAGCUCAUCCAUGGAUUAAUUCAGAGAAGCAAAAUUUUGGUCGUAAAAAUGGUGUUUAUUGUUUUGUUUCCCGUAAUCCAACUGAAACACGUCAACGAGUUGAAUUUUUAAAAGGACGUCUUAAUCUUCUCUGUCAGACUGUUAAUAUGCGUGCAAUGACUAUGCUGGAUAGUGCUGAAAAACAAUAUUCUGAACUAAUGGAACGACGUGAAAUUGUCUUAGGUGAUAAACAAAAAAUUCAAUCGGUUAUUGACGAUUUAGAUAAACGUAAAGAACAAGUUCUAAUGAGUGCAUAUAAUACAGUCAAUGAGGAAUUUAAUAAUAUUUUCGGUACUCUGUUACCCAGAAGUCGAGCUCGCCUGUCUCCUCCCGAGAAGCUAACCGUUCUAGAUGGAUUAGAAAUCAAGGUUGCAUUUGGUGAUGUAUGGAAGGAUUCCCUUGCAGAAUUAAGUGGUGGUCAAAGGUAUGAGUUUAACUGCGCUCAGUUGUAUUUUAGAUAAUCACCUGGUCUGAAUUCCAGUAUGGUUUUAAUGUCUGUUAUGAUGUAUACAUCCCACAAUAUUUUUCUCUUCUGUUCAGCCUUUGUUUGAUGAAUAUUGCAAAACAAACAUGAUAUGUGAAGAAAAGGGUUUAGCUACGGAAAUAUGAAGAGCCGUCAUCAAGCAUUUUGAUAGUCCCCCAGUAAAGUAUAUUGAAAACGAUAUAUUGUUGCUCUGUAAAACAACGCUAAAAGGCUAGGAAACUGUAGUCGUAUUCCACAUGUAGAAACGUUUUGCGUUACUGCGGUUUCUAUUUAGCUUUUCAGUACGGUAACAAAAGUUAGUCUCACGUGAGAGCGCAUGCUUUAUCGUAAACUAACCGUUUCUUUGCUUAUUUUUAUCUACCCCCUUGUUUUAGAGUGGUUAAGCGGGAGCCAUUUGAAAGGAAUAUGCUCUUUUUUCAAACCAUUUUGAUGAAUGCACCAUUGUAGAAAAACAGUUUUAGAAAUAUAAUCUUGCUUAGGUUUCACUUUGGUUACCUGAUAGAUUUACUUCCGUUUCACGUGAAUUUGUAAAUCUUAACAUUUACUAUUUAAAUUUAACUUGCUUGAUGUUUGAGCGUUUCGCAGUAAAUGUUUAGUGUUAUUUGUAGUCCUUGAUUCUAGCAUUCACUAGUUGGUUUUGGGAGUCGAUCAGUGUGAAGUAGUAGGCAUACUUUUCAUACUUGUCUAGACUCAUUAGCAUGGUGAGGCGAUCGAUAGACUGCGAUCAGCAUUAAAACGUUGACCUCUUAAUCUGUAACCAUUCAAUGAAAAGUCCAUCAUCUUGGUUAUUCCUUCAUUAUCUGCAAAUGCUACCGAAAAUAUAAUCGUUCAUUGAUGGUUUGGUGGGCAAGAUAAUGUGUAAUAAAGAAAUGAGGAAUAAUCUGUUUUUCUCAACGAUGCUGGUUCAUUACAUUGGAAAAAAGACUCAAUGAGUGAAGAAAUAUAUUCCUUUUCAAUUCAACUCAGUAGUUUUCUUCGUCACAGGAUUAUGAUAUUACUUGUUCCAGUACUAUCGUCAUCUAGGUAGCGUAUUCUAUUGAAUACAUACAUACAUACAUACAUACAUACAUACAUACAUACAUACAUACAUACAUACAUACAUACAUACAUACAUACAUACAUACAUACAUACAUACAUACAUACAUACAUACAUACAUACAUACAUACAUACAUACAUACAUACAUACAUACAUACAUACAUACAUACAUACAUACAUACAUACAUACAUACAUACAUACAUACAUACAUACAUACAUACAUACAUACAUACAUACAUACAUACAUACAUACAUACAUACAUACAUACAUACAUACAUACAACAUACAUACAUACAUACAUCAUACAUACAUACAUACAUACAUACAUACAUACAUACAUACAUACAUACAUACAUACAUACAUACAUACAUACAUAAUACAUACAUACAUCAUACAACAUACAUACAUACAUGCAUGCAUACAUACAUACAUACAUACAUACAUACAUACCUAUUUUCUACGAAUUUUUAAUCAAUAUCUUUCAGUGUAUGUUUUUUUUCAUGUUCCCAUAUUUCAACAGGAGAUACUUCGUAUAUCACCUUAGCGACAUAUUGCUAUGAUGCGGAGUUGUGAGAACGAACAAAGAUACUUACCGAUUGAUAGUUGAGGGUUGAGACGAUCCAACCCGAGUGAUUCGCAAAGAGAAAUCAAUGGACUGGAAAUCAGAUGAGUUUAUAGUAAUUCGGAAUGAGAAUGUUUAUGAGGGAAAACGGACCCUAUUUAUAGAGUUUACACUAACCUUGAAAGACAAGGAAUAAUUAGUACGAUAAAAAGGGGCAGGAACCAAUCAGAACAAUAGCGGACCAUGGGAAAUAUGGCCCACGCGAGGAAAAAGAGGGCGAAAUAAACCAGUUCAAAUAUAUACAAACCUGUUAUUAUGGAAUAUAGGCAUCUCUAACACAUAUGAGACUUGUUUAACCUCUUUUACCUGUAUUUGGUGUGUUAUUUUGUAAAACACUUUCUUAGUAAUACACAUCUUGUUUCAAAAUCUCACUCUCCUAAUUGAGUUACCAUUUUUUCAACCAGUUAAUUCUACCUCCGAACACUUUCAUAUAUCUAGGUUUGUUAACCAGGAGACAUUAUUAGUACACACAGCGUUUUAGGGUUGCGGUUUAGUAUGCCGACUUGUACUCAUUGGAUGAAUUUGUCGUUUAUCCAUUUAGACAUUGUCUAGGUUUUAUACAUUUGUCUGCAAAUACUCCUUGAAUCAAGUGGAGUAUGUUAUUGAGGAUAUAUGUAACUUCAUUGUUAAGAAAUUCUUGUAAUUUGUUAUCGUUUUUCCAUAACGUAUAUAGAUCAUUAGCUGCUCUUUCGCUUAUUUUGGCUUUGCUUCGUUUCAAACCUGCACCUUUGUACAUAUUAGAUGAAGUGGAUGCAGCUCUUGAUUUAUCCCAUACACAAAAUAUUGGUCAAUUGAUUAAAAAUCAUUUUCAGCAUUCACAAUUCAUAGUGGUUUCUCUGAAAGACGGAAUGUUUAACAAUGCCAAUGUACUGUUCAAAACAAAGUUUACCGACGGGAUUUCGGUUGUAACUCGACAUGUACCCCUACAAGUUAUCCAUGAUAAUAGGCAGUCACCAGAAAGAUCACGAAAACGUGUCAGAUAAAUGACAUUUUUGUUUAUAUUUGUAUACAUAUUUAUGUGUAAUUUACUGUGCUAUUUAGCAAAAUAAAAGUUAAACCAUG